AUGCAAAUACAAUAUAUACAACACACUUUCCUUUCUAUACUCAUAAUCAUUAGCCAUUGUUUCUGUGAGUUAAUAUCAAUCAGCUUAUAUGCAAAAUCAGACAACAGUUCUAUAAACGGGUUAGGAUUAUUUUCUUUACAUGAAGGAGAAGGGUACAAUUAUUUGUUUUUAGGAGACCCCAAAAAUGCUCAAAAACUCGUUUAUGACACCAAGAUGUAUCAUGUAUUUUUUUACUAUGUUUACUUGUUCCCUUACUAUUUGACACUGGUGAAUAAUUUUUUACAAUUAUCUUCUGUUCAUUAUCCUUUUAAAAUCAAAAUAAAGAAAAAUGGAGACCUUACAUUUACUUACUCCGAUAGGUUAUAUGCAAUGAAGAAUGUUGAUGAUCCACACAACUAUUCAAAUGAAUACUAUGCUAUAUAUUACUACCCCAAAUCUAGUAUUGUUCCAUCUCAAGCUAUGAAAGUAACCAUAACAACAAGUAUGCCAGCUAAUCAAACAUAUAGUUGA